ACUUUUUAGCCAAGGAAUGUCAACAUAUCAGAGAAACUCUCAACAAUAUUCAACAACUGGUUGUGGGCACAGAGAGAAAUACAACUGUGUGCCAAACAAUCUAUGAAAAAAUUGACAAUUUUACAUCAACAUUGCAAAUUAAUUUGAGCAGCCUUCAGAGUGACUUUUCCCAGCAGUUUGAGACUUUGGUAAAUAAAGUUGAGUCCCAGAAAGAGGUGAUGACAGGGUUGGAGGAAAGACUGCAAAAGAAUGGCGAUGCAACGGCAGAGCUGGACUCACAUCUGCAAAGUUUAAAGAAUAGCCUAGAGAGUCUGAGAGAGGAGCAGGAAAGACAAGGACAUAUGCUGAAAGAGGUCCAAAAGCUGCUCAACACUUUGGUCUCAGAGCAUUCAGCCAAAUCCAGCCACGAAGGAGCGAUGGACAGCGCCAUCCAGACGUCACCAGCGCUGGAGCAGUCUGUGUCAUCCAAUAUCCUGCAGGAUAACAAGCUCGAUGGAACACAGCUUGCAUGUGCAUCAUACAACCUUGAACAAAAUCAAGUUGAAGUUCCCCCUCAGGAUCGUAGCCACAUCAUCAUGCAGAGGAAAUUCACUGUGAGUGGCCAUAGGAGGCGCAAAAAGAGACCAUUGGUGCCCUCACAGAGGAGGAAGAGCACAGUCUCCGAUGAAAACCGUCGACCUCUCAUGAACUCAAACAAACAGAAUCUUUCAGGAUCUCUCCAUGAGAACUGUUAUCUAGACAUUGCAUCCAGCCAGGACAGUGUUAACCCCAACAGUCAAAUACCACUGAACAAGGAGACAAAAUCCAGUGAAGUUGCAGGAUGUUUCAUCAACCCUCUGAGCGGCUGGUCUCAGGACAGCAGCAGCCCUUCUCUCAGCCUUGAAAUUAUCCCACCCAUCUUAGAGAAGCUUUCAGCUGAGUCCAGCACCGUGAAACCUGCAUCCUUCUGGCAGUUAUUUGAUUCUGAUUCAGGCUUUUAAUGGAUGAGUAAAGGUGUCAGAGCAGUGAAAUGUUUGCCUUCUUAUUUUUGGAGCAAAGGGGAAUAAAAGCCCCAGAUAUUUAUAUUUAUUAAUACUGGUUACUUAUGUUCUAUUAGAAAGUUAUUCAAUGUUUUUGAGGGAUUCAUACAAUGCAAAAUAUUUUUUUUGCCUCAUGCAUACAGCAGAAAAGAUGUAAAGGAAGGUAAAAGAACAAGUUCAGGGCUGCUUGACCCAAUUUCUGUUAAUUUUUUUUCAUUCUUUGAGUUUACUUAAACAAAAUAUUGUACUAGUAACAUCUCUUUGCUGACUUAUUAAAACUAAUUUAUUCAUAUUUAUACUUCUGACCUGGCAGUGAAAAUAAACUCAAAUCAGAUGCCUGCUGUAUAAUUUCUUUGACACUUCUUUGAAUCUGGAACAUGUAAAAAUACAUUGUAUUCUUAAUGUAAGUGUAAAUAAUAAUAAUUUCAGGUGCUUAAAAGUACUUCACUUUCUCUA